GAAAAGCAGAGAUUUCUGACAGAUGUCCUGCAUGAAGUGAUGUUGCUGGAUGGCUUGGCCAGUUCACAUCCAGUGUCCCAGGAGGUGCAGCAAGCCACAGACAUUGACAGGGUGUUUGACUGGAUCGCCUAUAAAAAGGGUGCAGCUUUAAUUAGAAUGUUGGCUAAUUUUAUGGGUCACUCCGUUUUUCAAAUGGGCUUGCAAGACUAUUUAACCAUUCACAAGUAUGGAAAUGCAGCCAGAAAUGAUCUCUGGAACACAUUGUCAAAGGCUUUAAAAAAGGUUGGAAAAUUUGUAAAUAUACAAGAAGUAAUGGAUCAGUGGACACUGCAGAUGGGUUAUCCUGUUAUUACAAUCUUGGGAAAUGAAACUACAGACAAUAUCGUAGUAAUCUCCCAAGAACGUUUUGUUUAUAACAGAGAUGCUAAACUCAAGGAUCCUGACUUUGGAGACAACAGCUACUUGUGGCAGAUUCCAUUAACAAUUGCAGUAGGAAACACGAGCCACAUCUCAUCAGAGGCAAUUAUAUGGGUGUCUAACAAAUCAGAACACCACAGAAUUCCUGCUUUGGAAGAAGCAAGUUGGUUGCUGGGAAACAUCAACCAGACUGGCUACUUUAGAGUUAAUUAUGAUAUUAGAAAUUGGAGGCUCUUAAUUAAUCAGCUAACAAGGAACCACGAGGUUAUCUCUGUCAGUAAUCGAGCAGGCUUGAUCGAUGAUGCAUUCAAUCUAGCCAGAGCUGGUUAUUUGCCUCAGAAUAUUCCUUUGGAAAUCAUCAGAUACCUUUCUGAAGAGAAGGAUUUUCUGCCUUGGCAUGCUGCCAGCCGAGCUCUUUAUCCUCUAGACAAAUUGCUGGACCGCACAGAAAACUACAACAUCUUCAAUGAGUAUAUUUUAAGGCAAGUUGCAUCAAUGUAUCUGAAGCUUGGAUGGCCAACGAAUAAUUUAAACAAGUCUCUUGUUCAAGCAUCCUACCAACAUGAAGAAUUGCGUCGUGAAGUCAUCAUGUUGGCUUGCAGCUUUGGUAACAAACACUGUCACCAGCAGGCUGCAACAUUAAUCUCUGACUGGAUAUCUAGCAAUAGAAACCGAAUCCCACUUAAUGUCAGAGACAUUGUCUACUGUACAGGAGUUUCACUGAUGGAUGAAGAUGUAUGGGAGUUCAUUUGGAUGAAAUUUCAUUCUAUCACAGCGGUGUCUGAAAAGAAAAUAUUAUUAGAAGCCUUAACUUGCAGCGAUGACAGAAAUUUGCUUAACAGGCUUUUGAAUUUAUCCCUCAACUCAGAAGUUGUCCUGGAUCAGGAUGCAAUUGAUGUGAUAAUCCAUGUAGCUCGAAAUCCACAUGGAAGGGAUCUUGCUUGGAAGUUUUUCAGAGAAAAAUGGAAAAUAUUAAAUGCCAGAUAUGGAGAAGCACUGUUUAUGAAUUCCAAGCUUAUCAGUGGGGUCACGGAAUUCCUUAACACUGAAGAAGAACUAAUGGAGCUAAAGAACUUUAUAAAGACUUAUGAAGAGGGAGCUGCUGCCUCUUUCUCUCGGGCUGUGGAAACAGUGGAAGCCAAUGUGCGAUGGCAAAGGCUUUAUAAGGAAGAAUUAUUCCAGUGGCUAAGAAAAUCCGUGACACACUAAACUGUCUUUCCAACUGACCAUUGGACAUGAAGUUCUGCAAGAGGAAAAGGAGAAAUUUUAGGGAUGCUUGACAUUAAAUUCAUGAAGACAAAUAAGAUUGCAGG